AUGGCCAGUCAACAGAUUACCGAUAAACUGAAGGAGGAAGUGAUCUGCCCCAUCUGCAUUGAUGUUCUGCAGGACCCUGUCACCAUUGACUGUGGGCACAAUUUCUGCCUCAGAUGCAUCAGCCAGAGUGGGAAAGCAUCAGACAACGUUCUCAAAUGUCCCUUCUGCAACAAACUUGUGAGGAGGGACAUGUUCAGGCCCAACUGGCUGUUGAUGAAUCUGGUGGAAAAAAUCCAAGCUAUGGAUCCCUCUGAGACACAGCCAGAAAGGGAAGAGCUGAGAUGUCUGAGACACGGGGAGAAGUUCCACUACUUCUGUGAGCACGAUGGGAAGUUCCUCUGCAUGGUGUGUCGUGAAUCCAAGAACCACAAAUUGCACAACAUAACUUUGAUAGAAGAAGCUGCCCAGAGUUAUCAGGGGCAGCUUCAAUCAAAGGUCGAGGUCCUACAGCAAAAGGAGAAGAUGAUAGUACAACUGAAAGAACAAGGUGAACAGAAGAUCAACGUCUUCAUGGCCCAGGCAGAACUUGAAAAGCAAAAGAUCAUCACAGAAUUCAAGCAGCUUCGUCAGGUCCUAAAGGAAGAGGAGAAUUUCCUCCUGUCACGGCUAAACUGGCUGAGUCAGGAGGGGGAGAAGGGCAAGAAACUCUACAUCACUUCUGCCGAGGCACAGCUGAACUCUCUCAGGAAGUUUAUUGAUUCUCUCAAGGCCAAGCAGCACUUGGCGCCCAGCCAGCUGCUUCGGGACGUCAAAACUGUCCUGUACAGGAGUGACGGGUUUCCCUAUCUGAGCCUAACCCCUGUUCCUCUGGUCCUGGAGAAAAAACUCAGUGAAGCACAAUCAAGACACGACUCCCUCACAGAGAGCCUGAAGAGAUUCAAAGACAACAUCCAGGCUGAUAGGAAGAAAGAUAAAAGCAAAUUUCUCAAAGGCAUGAACGAAAACAACAGAACGAGCUCGGAGGCCGCCUUGGCUGGGAAAGCCACCCCUCCAGCAUUGCUCCAACGCCGAAGCAGGGCCUCAUUUGCUGGGUUUCUCCUAAACCAAGCCCGCUCUGAGAACCCGAGGAGCCCUGGCGCUGAGCGGACUGAGGAGCGCAAGGUGGCGCUGACCCCCCUGACCCUGGAUGAGGCCUCGGCCCACCCAGACCUCGUCAUUUCCCAGGAUCUGAAGACAGUGACACUGGACUUCAUUCCUCAGAACUCGGCUGAGCCCGCCGACCCUGCGUGCUUUUUCCCGUUCUGCUGCGUUCUGGCCUCGCCCGGCCUCUCCUCCGGGCGCCAGGCCUGGGAGGCGGAGCUCCGAGGGCCAGAGGGCGGGGCCUGCCUGGUGGGCGUGGCCUCGGAGCUAGUACCCCGGAGAGGCUUCUUGGUGGUGGGGCCCUUGACCGGCUUCUGGGCGCUGCGCAUCGCGGGCUCCGAGUGCCAGGCGCUCACCGAGACCGGAGCCAGGGAGGAUCUCACGGUUCGUCCAACGAAAGUAGGCGUCCGCGUGGAUCACGAGUGCGGGGAGGUCGUCUUCUACGACGCCACCACGAGCAAACACAUCUACACCUUCCACACCUCCUUCCCGGGGCAGAUCUUCCCCUUUUUCCGGCUCCUGUUUCCCGGCACCCAGAUCACCCUGAAUCCCUAGAGUUGUUCCUUUGCCUUCCUCUCUAUCUUCUCCCGAUACCCCCUCACUUGGGGAUGUGCUGCAGCUGGUAGAGUUGAAGUUAGGCUUCCAGGAGCCCUUUAGGAGGGUUCUAGUCUUCCGGCUUCUUGGUCCAGGCCUGAUGUCUCUGACCCCGCUUUAAAUUUUCCUUCUUUCUCUCAGUCCGCCUCCCCUCAAUAUGCCUAGGUCGAAAGAAAGCCUCAAAUGCAUGAAAAGACUCUGCACAAGGCUAUUCACUGCAGCACUGUUUGUAGUAGGACUAAACUGAAAACAAGCCAAAUGUAAACCAACAGGUGAUGGUUGAAAACGAUGCGAUGAGAAAGCCGCAUCCAGCUGCAUCCUGGUUGAGAUGCAGAGACCAGAGACUGGACAACUGACCCCGUUCUGCCCCUUUCUUCUCCUCCACUUCAUUUUCCAAAGCUCUGCGAUCCUGGAUGUGGCCUUGGCCCAUCUGGACCUCUUCCUUUCUGGGGAUCUGAAAAAUGUGACGCUGGAUGUUCUCUCUCCUGGAGACUCAACCACGCCCACCC